AUGCCUCGUUUGGCGGUUGCGGGUGUUGCAGCUGCGGCUGCCCUUGCAGUGGGUGCAGCCUUUGUAGUGGUUCCUGGCCGAGCCCCGACGCCGACAGUGCCCCUGGCUUCCGGUGUGCGCGGAUCAGCGGCCGAAUCGGCCAGCUGGGGCUUGGCUGCUGCAGGCCUUGCCCUGGGUGCGCACAUGGGCUUGGCCGCUGCCUGGCGCGCUCGCUCCGCCACAGCUGCUCGCGCAGAGGGAGCUUACAAAGAGACGCCUGCCGAUGAGCGCCUGUUUGAGCAGGUGUACCUGCAGUACACCUCUGAGUACAUGAAGGGGCCAAUGUACUGGCACAAGGACAAGCUGCAGGGCUCCCUGCCAGACUACCCUGGACGCCCCAUGAUCAGGGACGGCAAGUACACCCCCUAUGUCCUGGGGAACCUGAAGUCCUUCAGCUCCAACGAGCUGGCGUUCUUGUCCAUGCUCUUCUUCGGCGUUGGCCUGUACGGCAACCUGCAGUUCAACUACUAUGACCCGCAGUGGGCCAAGGUUGAUGCCGGCGGUUAUUUCAACGUCUCCUACAUUGUGGAGUCCCUGCUGCUGCCCAUCUCCUUCUUCAUGCACAUCGCCUGCUACAUCCAGAAGCAGAAUGGCAAGUGA